AUGCAAUCUAUUGUUUCAACAUUUAUUGGAUUAUUAUUCCCUCAUGCAUUAGAAUUCGAUAGCGACAGCAAUACAGUUUACUUUCUGUUAUAUGAGACAUAUUCAGCACGCUACAGUGUUAAAAUUAUUGCGGACAAGGAGUUGGUAAGGAAGGCCUUUACUGAUUACGAACCCACCUGGACGCUUGAUAGUUUGGUAAAUAAAAAGCGACCAAUCAUAAUAUCUGCAACCGGCACAAUGCAACAGCAAACAGCUGGUGCUGCAUUUCUUGGUAGGGUUGUUGAAGAAAAAUUUCAUAUGGAAUUGCUAUCACUGUCUAUAAUUCCAUGCGUCCCACUAGUUUGUAAUAGUUUAAAACGUAUGGUGCAUCCGGAAGUUGCUCCUACACAAUUAAGUGAGGGUGUAAAAGAAGGCUACUUUCUGGUUAAUCUUUCCGCCGUGCAAAACUUUGACAUCGGUCCUGAAUUUUUCGAAUCUACCUUUGCUGUCAAUGAUGACUUGGGUAUUAUUACUAUUUUUACUAUCAGAAAAAAAAACGUAGAUGUAACAUGGGUAAUUAUUAAUAUUUAUAACAUUAAUAGAACGUAUGGACACUCUAUCAGAUAA